CCCGCUAGCCGAAGUGCCCAUCUACUCAGCCCAACAGAGCCCCUCAAUCCCUCCUGCCAUCCUGUGCGCAGCAACAGACAAUAGGAAGCGGACGGUUGACGCGUCCAGACUCCGGGCAGAACUUCCGACUUUCAGUUUCUCAUUCCGGCCUUCCAGAUUCCUCUUGCCGCCGCUCGCCUCGUUAGAGACCGGAAUUUCAGGGACGCAACAAGCUCCCCUGCCUUGCCGAUUUUAGGGGGAAACAAAACAAGUCUAUUAAAAGAGAAAUGGAAAACACCGCUGUUGAUUCGAGUUUCCACCGCACUUUCAAAUACCUACUAGCUACACAAUUUCUGUCAAGGGGAAUCCCGUUCGUAUUCAAUUCCUGGAUUGUUAGACAUCUAUCAGAAGAAGAUUAUGUGGUUUGUGCUGUACGAUUCCAUCUGUUUGUGACAUGCAUAUUGUUUUUGAGUAGAGAGGGAUUCAGGCGAAUUUGCAUGAGGGAAGAUAUUACAUGGGAUGGUGAUUCAGCAGCAGGAGAAACUGAAGCUCAGAUUUUGAAAGUCGCCUGGAUGACCUUCCCAUUAGGGGUACUGGUCACAUUUUCUGCUUGUUUGAUUGUAUUCUGGUGGCAAGAUCUGGGUUAUUCCAGUCCUUAUGGACGAGCUAUCUUGAUUAAUGGUUUUGCAUGCAUUCUUGAGCUACUGGCAGAACCAUUCUUUAUUUUGGCCCAAAAAUUGGCUCUUCUCAAAUUGCGGCUGAUUGUUGAAACUGCUGCCACUCUUUCACGUUGUAUAGUAACAUAUGCUCUCAUCCUGAAGCAACCAAGCUCGGAGAAAGCAAUUGUAUUUUCGAUGUCACAGGUUGCGUAUGGAGCAUCUAUUUUCAUAGGCUACUGGGCUUACUUUCUUCUGUGCCAAUUAUACACAACUCGUGUUCUAUUUCCGUUCCGGAUAGGAAAUACAAAAAGCUAUGAUCAACGGCUUGUGAACAUGUGCAUGAUACUUAAUCUUCAAUCCGUUCAGAAGUUGAUUCUUCAGGAAGGUGAAAGGAUGGUCCUUGUAUGGUGUGAUACACCAUAUCACCAAUCAGUAUAUGGACUUGUAGACAAACUAGGGAGCCCAGUGGUGAGGCUGAUUUUUCUUCCCUUUGAAGAAAGCUCAUAUGCAACGUUUGCAAGGCCUGCAUCAGGAGAUCAAGAACGGAAAAAGGAGAAAUUGGGAAGGAGUCUGACAGAUGCGCUGAAGCUUGUUUUGCUUAUUGGUUUAGUUGUUAUCGCAUUUGGUCCAAGCUAUUCAUAUUCCCUCAUCAGAUUGCUGUAUGGUAGAAAAUGGAGCGAUGGAGAAGCUACCAAAGUACUCCAAUGUUAUUGCCUUUAUGUCAUAGUUUUGGCCACGAGCGGGACGUCUGAAGCAUUUCUACAGGCAGUUGCAACAAAGAAAGAACUUAAACGGUCAAAUGGUUCAUUGCUUGCCUUCCCAUUGAUAUAUGUGAUCAUUAACGUCUUGCUUAUCAGAUCAGCAGGCGCAGUUGGAUUGAUUUUAGCAAACUCUCUGCAUAUGAUCCUCAGGAUAGUUUACUCAGCGGUUUUCAUCAAAAAGUAUUUCAAGGAAUCAUCAUCCUUUGCGUUUAGAGCUUGCAUGCCUGGAGGUUAUGAAUUUGUGUUGGUUUCAGGAGUAGCCACCUUCAUAUUUGAAAAGAUGUACCUUAACCGAGACAACUUCUCGGCCACCUUUACCGUUCACUUCUCAUUUGGUUUAUUCUGUUUUCUUGUGGCCGCUUUCAUAAUCUAUCAAAAGGAGAGGCCUUUUAUCGCGAAAAUUAUACGCUUCCGCGAACACGCUGAUUGAAUGUGCUAAAGAAUUACAUCUUGGUUAAUAGGGUUUGUGAAAAGUUUUUCUCUAUUUCAAGAUCAAGGAAUCAUAAGCACCGAGAAUUACGAGGAUAUUAUUGUCUAAUGAUACGAGGAUUAUGAGCAUUUCUGGUAUACUAUGCUUGCUACCAGAUGUUCACCCCACUGUUUAUAAUUCAUUUGCCUUCCACAAAAUUAUGUCACGGAAUUUGUACAACCAUAUGUUUUGUAUUCAAUCCUCUUGAGUGUUGAACCUAUCUAGUAGAGUAGAUAAUUUUAGUUUUUCAAGGGAAAAUUGGCCCUCAGCACAAUCUUAAAAAUGAAAAAGUACUAGUGUAACACCCGGGCAUGCCCCGGUAGUGUUACUUUGAUAAUUAUUAAAGUAAUAAUAAA